AUGUUUAGCUAAUUACACAAUGGCUUUGAUAUGUGCACAUAAGUACAUACAAAUUUAUAUGUAUGUAUAUACAUGUUUCAUAGCCAUAUCCAAGCGCAACUGAAGCAAUAAUAUUUGAUAUAUUUGUCACAUAUUUGGUUAAGUGCACGUUAUUGGCUGAGUUCUGUGAUAUGCUAGCAACUGAAAUGCAUUAAAGAAAUAAUAGAGUAGUUCGGGCAUGAUAAAGAGCAUAUAGACUUAUAGAGUAAUUCAAGCAUAUGCAAGUUUACGAACUGAGCCAAAUCGAAUCGCAACCCGGUCGUUGAAUUUGUUGUCAAUUUAUGACUCUUUGAAACGAUAUAGUUCUUGCAAGUCAUGUGACUAUCAUUCCAAUAUUGUUUAGAAAAAACAUUUCUCGGAGCCUAACGACACCUUCAAAUAAUUCGUUUUCUUAUCUGCCCCAGCUUACUCUCCUGAUUUCUCUGGCAAUCCCCCAUCCACUCUUAGCUCUUAUCGAUUUCCAUUUGAGUGAAAUUAUAUUGCUGCCUGAAGUUAUGCCGCACUUUUGCUUUAAGAACAUUCUUGAUGUCAACGACACUUGCUUGGGUAGUUUCUUCUUUAUAUUUUUGGUGCUGGCUUUAUGUACACCCAAAAUUCCUUACGCAAAUCAUGUAGACGAAAGAGUUCUGAACUGGUUUGUGAGCCAUUAAUCUGAUAUUGACCCCAGUGGGAAAACUCGCCAGCGGGCACAAGGGUCAAUUAUAAACUGGCUAUAAAACUAAAACAAGUCAAAUGGCUCUAGCCAGGCGUGACCGACUAGCUAGAUACCCAACCUUAUAGAGAGCUCCAGUUGAAUUUCUCUUUUUUGGAGCUUAUGCGAUCGAUGAUCGGAGAGACAGAUACUCCUGUAUAAACUUGCCUUUUGGAAGUAUUUUCCCAAAAAUCUCAUACCCUUUACACACUUAUUCACUGGGUUUAAGGUACAACAUAAAAAGAAACUCAACUCUACAGAGUCUCCAGCAAAAGCGAGACUCAACAAAUGACGUAAUUUGUAUGCCGAAUGGGCUAUUGAACUCCGCUGAACUAUACGAGAGCAGCGUCUGAUCGCUCAGCGGCGAUCACUUGAGUGCAUUCAGUUUCAAGUUUGACAGAAGACACCAAAAUUCUUAAUUCAUAUGCAAAUUAGAGUCUGAUCUUAUUGGCCACAUCAACUAGAGAACGGUCCAGAUCAGGUAACUAAGAAUAGAAGUGGACAGAGAGAAAGCAAAAGGUGGGCAGCUUAAAUUGGGGUCUCUGCUUUGAUUUGGGAAAUAAAUGCAUUAAAUAUUCUAAUGAGAAAACCGUUAGCAUAGAAAACCCAUAAAAGAUGCACUUUGCAGCUGCUCGGGCUGGGUAUAUAAAGGUGCAGCCGUUGCAUCCAAGUCAUAUUCCCUGAGUGAUCAUGGAACACCGAGCAUCAUCAAUACUCUGGAUAGUGCUCUUCUCGUUGCUGGGCAGCGCGUUCACCUUCCAGGAGAAGUCGCCCCAAGCGCAGCCGCAUCUAAAGCAACCGCAGCAGGUACUCAGUGGCAGUGGCAGCGGCAGUGGCAAUGUGGAGGACUCCGUCGGGACGACUCGCAACAUCGAUGAGCAACAAUUAACAUCCAUCGGUAAGGCUGGCUUUGGAAAGUUUUUAGGCUCCAUCUCGAAGACUACAGCCAAACCGACAGUACAACAUCAACACAAUUACUAUUAUACUUCAGAGGACAGCCAGCAUCCUCGCCAGAACGGUCCACAAGGUUAUGUUUGGGGUAGUUAUCAUACUCAUCCGCCUCCGCAGCGCCCCUGGGUGCCGCCGUAUAGUCAAUGGCCCUAUGGCUAUCCCUAUGGUUAUCCUGGCACUCCCGGCGUUCCUGGCAGUCCUGGCGUUCCUGGUACUCCCGGCGUUCCUGGCCAUCCCAGUGUCCCUGGCGUUCCCGGCUAUCCUGGUCCACCUGCUUCUGGCUAUCCUGGCUAUCCCGGCUAUCCUGGCUAUCCCGGCUAUCCCGGCGUCCCGCGCUAUCCUAACUAUCUUGUUUAUCCCGGCUAUCCCAGCUAUCACGGCUAUCCCAGCUAUCCCGGCUACCCGAUCCAUCCUGCUUACCCUGGUUACCCUGGUUAUCCAUGGUAUCGCAACUCUGAAAACGAAGAGCCCGAGGAAUCCCAAGCUCAGCAAGAAGUCGUCCAGCGGUCCGUUCCCGCCAGCUAUCAGGCACGCGUCUUGGCCUCCACGAGCAAGUCAAAUGGCAAUGUCUUGCCCCUCUACCAGCUGCUCAAUCUGGCUCGCGUUUAAACCUUGACUAUGAAUUGAAACUCACUCACUAAAUAAAAGAACAUUUUCGAAUCAUUCAAA